AUGAGGGUGAUUACCAGACAACCUCUCGACUUGUCCAAGACAGCAAAUUUGUUGCAGUACAAAGAUGAAGUUCGUAGGUGUCACAUGCAGGCAGUGAUUCAACUGAAGUUGAGGAAACCUGAUUGGGAUCCGGUGGUUUACAUACGUUCUGACAGAGGGCUGGAUGACUCAUUGUGGUUGAAAUUGCUUGCAGCUGAGAGGAAUACCUUGACUCGCUUUGGAAUAGCAGAGACAAAUCUUAAAGCUACACUGGAACCAGCACCACGUCCCGUCAUCGUCAACAAACUAGCAGAGUUGAACGUGCUAAUAUCUGCGAUGAGAGCGCAAGGCUGGAACCUGAAAGCCCGCAGAGUCAGAUUUGUUGCUGGUAUGGAUGACAAGCUGCAGAAGAGACUUAAGAAGGUGGCCAUGGAAGCUCUGCUUGUUGUUGAGCAUUAA